AUGUCGAUUAAGGUGGUCGUUGAAGGGCUUACUUUGAACAUCAUUAGUGCGUAUGCGCCGCAAGCGGGCUUAGGCGAGGAGGAGAAAAGGCGAUUUUGGGAGGAUUUGAACGAGGUAGUGGGAGGCAUACCACCUACUGAGAAGCUAUUCGUGGGAGGUGAUUUCAAUGGGCACAUCGGGUCUAUUUCGGGGGGUUAUGAUGAUGUGCAUGGAGGUUUUGGCUUCGGGGACAGGAAUGGAGGAGGAGUCGCACUUUUGGAUUUCGCAAGAGCUUUUGGGUUGGUGAUAGCCAAUUCGAGUUUUCCAAAGAAGGACGAGCACUUGGUAACCUUCCGUAGUUCGGUGGCUAAGACUCGGAUAGACUUUCUACUCCUUAGGCGGGAUGACAAAGGUCGUGCAAAGGCGUAA